UGCUGCCUCUGUCUGCUUCAUCGCCUCCUCGCCGCCGUGCAGCCCACUUCUUCUUCUUCGCAGGGGGAGCUGACUUGAUGCGCAUAAUAAAUCAUCUCUGCAAGAUUCCCCCCUUUUUUUUUUCCAAGCCCAAUUUUCAGACCUACGCGUGUUGGAUUUGGAGAGCAUAAACACAGACGAGAGUCGAGAGUCUUUAACUGAGGAUGUUUCAAAUGUGAUUCAGCACAGCAAACAACGUGGGUGUUGUGUGUGAGUGUGUGUGUGUGCGUGUGUGUGUGUGUGUUUUUCUUUUUUUUUUUGGUGGGGAGUGGAGGAGAGGGGAGGAAAGCAGCGAUAUGAGACGCGUGUGUUUAUGCCUCCUGCGUUACCCGUUCUCUCUGACUGACCAUUGGCUCAAUUUUUCACCUGUAUGAACGACCUUGCGAUUGUGACCAAAAUUUUUCCUAACAAGGUUUCCAUGGAUCAUCAAUCUGUCGCUUUUUCCGUGAGGGCUGAAUUUGGUUCCUGCUGGUCUCAAGAUAUCUCAAGAUAAGAGGUCAAGCUUCCCUCUCUCGGAGAACACGAGUGCCAUUUCAAAGAUUAUUGGAUGAAAGUCUCAUUUGCCCUUGGCUGCCAAAGAUGACGUUGCCAUGGAAACAGCUUCUACUGUUAUCAAUCAUCGACUGUCUGGCAGAUUGUCUGGACAGUGGAUCAUACCAUGGUCCAAGAUGGAGGAUGGAGCCAGGUGACUUAUUUAUUCCUGUCGACUCCAUAGAAGAAGAAGCUACUCUGACGUGUGAUGCUAAGGGAAUACCACCUCCUCAGUACAGAUGGUCAUUGAAUGGGACUCUCAUAAAUCUGGGCCUGGAUCGCCGGCGGCGUCUGUCUGGGGGCAACCUCAUUAUAAGCAGUCUGGACCGCUACCAGGAUGUAGGGAUGUACCAGUGUAUGGCGUACAACACUGUAGGAGCUAUCCUCAGCAGGAGAGCAAGUCUGCAGUUUGCCUACUUAGAUCAUUUCAAAGUCCACACCAGAAGUGCAGUGUCAGUCCGAGAGGGGCAAGGAGUGGUGUUGCUCUGUGGGACGCCGACUUCCUCAGGAGACCUUACUUAUGCAUGGGUCUUCAAUGAGUACCCAUACUUUGUUCAACAAGACAAUCGGCGUUUCGUCUCCCAGCAGACGGGAAACCUUUACAUUGCCAAGGUGGAGACCUCUGACGUGGGUAACUACACUUGCGUAGUGAUGAACAGCAUCACAAAGGGCAAAGUUCACAGCUCACCAACAUCUCUGAUCCUCAGGACAGAUGGAGUGAUGGGUGAAUACGAGCCGAAAAUAGAAGUUAAUUUCCCAGACAAUGUGCCCGCUGCAAAAGGAUCAACAGUUACGCUGGAGUGUUUCGCCCUUGGGAACCCCGUGCCAGAGAUCACUUGGAAGAGGGCUAACGGCGUUCCGUUCCCCAGCAAAGUCAAAAUGAAGUACUCUAAUGCUGUGCUGGAGAUUCCCAGCUUCCAGCAGGAUGAUACAGGAGGAUACGAGUGUGUGGCUGAGAACAAGAUGGGCAAGAACAUGGCCACUGGCCGACUGGCCUUCUAUGCCAAGCCUCAGUGGAUCCAGGCUAUGAAGGACACAGCGCUGGCCAUAGAGGAGAGACUAUACUGGGAGUGCCGGGCCAAUGGGAAGCCGAAACCCUCCUACACGUGGCUGAAGAACGGCCAACAGCUGCUCUCAGAGGACAGAAUCCAUGUGGAGGACGGAGUCCUGUCAGUGUCAGUGCUGACACUAUCUGACGCCGGCAUGUACCAGUGUGUGGCUGAGAAUAAACACGGCGUCAUAUAUUUUGCUGCUGAACUGAUGGUUUUAGCCUCUCCCCCAGACUUCACAGGGAAUGUCCUCAGAGCUUUGCUCAAAGCCAAGGCAGGAACUACAGUGACUUUAGAGUGUAAACCUCAGGCCUAUCCUAUUGCCAGCAUUUUGUGGAAGAAAGGAAACCUGCCCAUUCACACCAAUGACAGGAUCACCCUUUCCCCGGAUGGAACAUUGAGGCUUGCCAACGUGAGCAAGUCUGAUGCAGGCAGCUAUACGUGCUUCGCUCGGAAUAGAUUUGGCAUGUCAAGUACAACUGGAAGGCUCCUUGUUACAGAUCCAACCAGAAUCACCCAGGGGCCAGUGGACAUGGAGAUUAUUGUGGGCGAGAGCAUCGUGUUACCCUGUCAGGUCGCCAGCGACCCCGUCCUUGACGUUUCUUUCUCCUGGGCCUUUAACGGACAGCUCAUUGCCAAGGGAGACGGUCACUUUGAGUUAGUGGGUGGGAGAACAGCAGGAGAUCUGAUGAUCAGGAACAUUCAGCUUUACCAUGCCGGCAAAUAUAUCUGUGUGGUGGACACGGAUGUGGAGAGCCUGUCAGCCGUGGCUGUAUUGAUUGUGAAAGGUUCCCCCAGCCCACCAGACUCUUUGACAGUGGAGGAGGUGACAGACAGUACAGCUCAGCUGGUCUGGAGCCCCGGCAGAGACAACGGCAGCCCCAUCACCAAUUACCUCAUCCAAACCAGGACUCCCUUCACUGUGGGCUGGCAGAGGGUUAACACAGUGCCUGAGAUAAUUGAUGGGAACACACUGACAACCACUGUUGUGGACCUCAAUGCCUGGGUGGAGUAUGAGUUUCGGGUUUUGGCCAAAAACAGUGUUGGGGUUGGAGAACCCAGCCCUGUGUCAGUCAAGACCAGGACAGAGGACGCAGUUCCUGACGCCGCACCAGGUGAUGUGGGUGGAGGAGGUGGAAGCAGAUCUGAACUGGUCAUCACAUGGGAGCCUGUCCCCGAAGAACUACAGAAUGGUGAGAGCUUUGGUUACAUCAUUGCUUUCCGUGCCUUCGGAGAAGUUAGCUGGACUCACGUGGCCACCUCUGCCCCCGGUGCAUCACGCUACGUGUACCGCAACGAUAGCAUCGCCCCGUUCUCUCCAUUUCAUGUCAAGGUUGGCACUUACAACAGCAAAGGGCAGGGUCCCUUCAGCCCCGUGGUCACCAUCUACUCUGCGGAGAUAGAGCCAAGUGGGAUGCCAGCGGGAGUCUGGGCCAGAAGUGUCUCAGCCUCUGAGAUUGAGGUGAAUUGGCAGGCUCUCUCCUUCACCCCUGAAAGGGUACUGGGCUAUGAGGUGGUUUACUGGGAGGAUGACACUAAACCAGAGACCAUGGGGAAGGUUAGGGUGCCUUGGAACCAGACCUCAGUCACAGUGAGCGGCUUGGCAGGAAACACACAGUAUUUCCUCACGGUCAGCGCUUUCAACACAGCCGGCACAGGCCCCUUUCUCCCUGCAAUUAACGUCACCACCAAAAAGCCACCACCAACCCAACCUCCCCUGAACAUUGAAUGGACCUUAAUUGGAUCUCAGCUGUCUCUUUACUGGGAACCUGUGGUGGCAAUGGAAUCAGAGUCAGAAGUUACAGGCUACCAACUGUCAUACAGGAGACAGAGACACAAAGAGAUAAACACACUCACAACAGCUAAUUCAACAGCAGAGCUGACCCUCCCUGAAGAAGAGGACGACUACAUUAUCCUCAUUCGAACGCUGAGUGAAGGAGGGCUGGGCCCGGCCUCAGAUCCUGUACGAAUCCACCAACUAAGUAUGAGUGCCCGUGGCUCGAGUUCCUGCAGUGUGGACAUCUCCCCCCUCUCCCUGCUCAUCGCCAUUGCAAUACCAACAUUCAGGUCAACGUCGUGACACAUUGAAAAGCUCUGCUCUGUUUUUCAACCUUCUUAUUAGUAUUUCUUUCUUUAAUUUGUGAACGUAUCUCUUUUUUUUCCUCUCUCUCAUUUUUGGAGGUGACCACAUACUACUUUGCAGUGUUAGUUUGCGGGUAUGAGGCAGCACAAGAGUGGAGCGUGCUGUCAGACACUUAAUUAACAGUGAACGCUUGAGCCUUUUUCCUUCUGUUCUUUUUCUUUUCUUUUUUUUUAACGUAGGUCUGUUUUGACAUUUCUGUCGGGUUGGGAACAAUGCUCCAUUUCAACUCUUUUUUUUUUUUUUCGAAUGAUACAGAUGCCUUACUUCCAUUCAUGUGCCAAAGUAGUUUCAGCCUUCUUGUUGUUAAUGCUACGAUAGCUUCAUGCUUUCCUCAACAUUUUACUCCUCACAGUUUCUUAUUAUUGGAGGUCUCAGUGUACCAUGCGGAGGGCCGUGAUGAGAAGUUGUAUUUUGUAUUUAGGAAUAUUUUCAUUUUUCCUCUCCACAUCUGAAUUGGCGAGUCGGAACAUGUUCAUUCACCCGUGCCCGUGCCUUUGGAGAUUCUUGUAACACCGUCACUUAUAGACACUAGUCAGUGAUACUCAGUGUUUCAGAACAUACUGCAGCCAUCUUCAUCUUUACGUGCUCCAUUUAAUGUGUCCCAGAUCAAACCGACAGAACAGCUCACAGUGCCGGUGUUAGCCAUUUUAUCAUUUCAUUGUGUAGAGCUGAAUGUACCACGAGAGCUCCUACAGGUUUUAAUGCCUCAGACCAGUUAUUGGGAGAGCCGACUGAUUGAUGGAUUGGACCUGUCUGUACACAGCAGUAGUGGGAGAAGUGUAUAACUGCCAAUGUAUUUCCUUGAACGCUAAUGCUGAAACAAUCAGUCAAUUGACAGAAAACAAUUAACAAUAUAUCAUUUAAAUCAUUUAUCAAGGGAAAAAAUGCCAGACAUAACGCAGACGAGGCUAUUAUACCAUGGCCACAUGCCGACAAACUGCUAUAUGUCAUCAAAAUAAAAAUACCUGUUAUUCAAUUAUUUAUAUAUCAUUCUUUUAAUCUCACUUGUGCUGUUGUUUAUAGUAAUAACAUGAAAUAUACAGCAAUUCCUGUAUCUCGGCUGCUGCUUGUGUUGCUAAGCAACAUGUAGCCAAGCACCACAGCAGCUGAUAGUUUUACAAGGCUGUGCCACGGGUUUUAGCCUGUUUACAGAUCUUUCUUUCCUUACAGUGAAGUCUGCCCGGCUGCAGGAGAGUCAAAAUCCACAUUAACUAUAAAAUAACAGUUCUACAUUUUGGGAAGGAUGCUUAUUUGGGGGUGGCUUCUGACAAUUUCCUUUCAUUUUCCUAAAAUGACAAUAUGAACAUAACGCCAACUUCAUGCUGUGAUUGGCCAGUCAUACAGAGAUGCAGAGAUUUUGCUAUAAAUGCUUUGCAGGGGAGACUGAAAACAUGCAAAGUUCUACCAAUAUUUACACGAUUAUCACGUCUCACCCCUCGCUGUAACAGCUGGCUUUCAGCCUCCACUUUGUCCGUUCAGAACAGCUAUAACCAUGUUUUUCUUCCGACUGAGUGAUACAAACUAGUUCUUUUCAUCCAUAACCUAGGCCAUAGGCUCCUUAGCUGUUGUUGACUGUUAAUCAUUUUCUCAUCUAACUCUCUGCAAGGAAGCAAAUUAGCUAAUUUCCAAAGUGUUCAACAGUUCCUUUAAAGAGUUCUUUUAAGAAGGUCUUUUUUCUACUCAAAUUAGGAAGUCAAUAGAGUAUGCUUCAGUCACUGAGUAAACUCAGUUUGCUGAUGAGUACUGUUCAGAUGUGGUUAAAGGAAAAUCUCAAGAUGUUAAAUUUAUCUUGACUUAAGAUUAUUUUCUCAAAUAAAUUUGAUACCGGUGCGUUUAUUUAUAAUGACAAAGAGCUGUGUCAGAAGUGUCCAGUUAUGUUGUCUAGUUACCGGACAUAGAGAGUCACCUGCCAGCUAAUCAUUAUCCAGAAUUCUCAGUGACCAUGGUAUAAUAUCUUUGGACAUUCAAAAACAGAACCUUGAGCUUGGGGGAAAUUGUGCACCUCUAUUUUCUGACAUCUUAUACACUGAUUGGAAAAAAUCAUUAUUUACAGCCCGACUCUUCUUCCAUCUGGGCAAACACACAGUCAAACCAUCGCAGUCAAGACGAGAGUGAGUGCCAAUUGUGCCAGUCUUAUAAUUGAAAUCUAGCCACCAGCUUAGACAUCAUUUGGCAAAAUGUAUGGUCAGCUGUGAUUUAAUACUCUGUGAAUCUGUCCUUUCUUGUUGGUUGUAUUGGCUUCUUUUAUGUGGUUAUGUGUUGUCAUUGUUUAUUUCUGUAUUUCAGCGAAACCCCUCUGCUCAGGUAUUCAGACCUGCUUCAUCCUACCUUUCAGUAGCCCUAUAGUUUCAGGAGCAGAUAGAUCACAAAUCUGUCAGCAACCGACACAAGGGUCUAUUUAACAGUCUGACUUGACGAAUGGAAAGCCUGAUAUGUGCCGUGAUUUAGCAGACAUUAAAAUAUCUUAGUAAAUUAGAGCAGGCCUGAGGGGAUUCUAUGGGAAAGGGCAUAGGAGUAAUAGUACUACUGACACCCACACAAGACUAAUAUAUCAGGAUUAAGGGAGGACUAAAUCAGGACAAUCCCAUCAAGAUGACACCAGGAAGAUUCAAGAGUGUAUGAGUGUGUGCGUGGGUGUGCACACGUGCAUGUCUGUGUGGUUAUUACUUUACCCUGCGGCAGUGGUUCUCAAACUGGGGGGCAUAAAACAACUGCAGGGGCAACAUGGACAGACCAAGGGGAAAAUAUGAAGAGACACUAAGUUGAUUGAAUAUAAUUUAUAUAGGGAAAAUAUACAAACAGAUUUGAGAACCAGUGCCCUGUGGUGACAUGAACAACCGUUUUUCAGAAGACCAUUGUGCUAUUUGAAAAAAGAAAUAGUUUAAACUCAUUUCUUGUACUUAACCAUGGUUCAGGGCUUUGGGCAACAGGAAAAUUGUGGACAUUCAAACACAGUAAUACAAGGUCAAUAUGGGAGGAAAAAAAAAACAAGUUUCAGUUGAAAUUUCUGUCUUUCUAUCACAUUAACAUGAAUUGCUAGUGAAAAGGAACAAGUGGGGGGAAAAAAGCUCCAGAAUCCAAGACCAGGUCAGGUGAAUCUUGCAGGAUCCAUUUUGUAUUAAAUGUGAAGACAAAAGGUUUUGCUUCCCCCGAUAAGUGUUAAAAACUUUUCUGAAAGCAGUCUUUCUUCUUUGAAUCCUGUUCUGUUGUUUUUGUGGCUUUAUGUGUGGUUAAUCUGUAAUCAUUCUUUCAUCACAGAAUGUCAUUGUUAAGCUAACAAAUGUUUACAGAGGAAAUGCAUCUUUCUGGCUAAUUUAUUGAUUAUGAACUGGAAAAAAGACAACAUUACAGCUUAUGAACUUGUGUCUUGGGUACAUAGAAGCAUUGCCAACCUCUUUGUUUUGUAAUGUAUCAGUACUGUGGAGAUGCUUUCAUUUGGAUUUGUUCUCUUGUUUUUAAUGUUUGAUAUGGUUCUGAUUGUUUUUUUAAUUUGUUUUGUCUUUUUUCUUCUAAAAAUUCUGCACAAAGGUCAAGUGUUUAAAGUAACUAUUAACUAUAUAAUUUUAAGAGCCAGUGUCGGCUGAAUCAAAAGCCAGUGCGGUGAGAUCUCUCUUGCCUUCAUACAGUAUAAUGUACAUACUGUAUGCAUUUUGUUGUGAUUUGAAGCAAUGCCCCCAACUGGGAGACCGAACGGUGGUGUCCUACUUCCAAUUGUAAUUCUCAGUCAAACCCAGAUUCUGAAAAAUACAUGAGCAGAGAGUAACAUUUCUUAGCAGCUGCCAUAACACACAGCCUUGUGGUGCAAUGACACAAACACUACCUGUUACAAGGUAGUCGGCCAGUGCACAGUAGAUGAUACAAGUACUUCUAUCUACUAGUACUUUUUGUCUUUUUAUACCAAUACGACUUUACAAUUGUCUUGCUACUUUUAAAACCAGAAAUGGCAGAAUUGAUCAGAAAAUGAAUAAACGAGUUACCCAAAAUUUGUAAUUCCAUUAAGAUUGAUAAAGAAAAUACAAUUACAGCUCUCUGGGUGACAACGCUUGGCCUUUUUGUUGUGACUCCUCAGUAUUUUGAUGUCCAGGUUGAUCUCCGUGAGAUCGUGGCAGUAAUGUUUUCACAUUGAAAAGUCAUCAGCUGAUCUUGAUAUGCUGAAGCUGUGCAUGUACGAUAUUGUUUGGUGCAUCUGUGUUUUCUAAAUGAGGGAGUUAAUAAAAACAAUUCA